CUAUGACUCAAUCGUUGGGAUCAAAGAUAUUCUUUUCGCCAUACACCUACCAUGACUACCAUUCCAUACUCCAAGCCCCGAAACAAAGCUGACGUUGUGCGCGAAUCUCUCGCUCACCCCGCCAACAACCCUUAUUACCUCUCUCACCUAUCUUACCCCACCGCUUCCAACUCUUCCUUUAUAUACUUGAUGUCCCAACGACAACAGGGAGGAGGAAUGGGAAUGGGUGGAAUGGGAAUGGGAGGAAUGGGAAUGGGAGGAAUGGGAAUGGGGGGGAUGGGUAUGAUGAAUCCUAUGAUGGGUGGAAUGGGAGGGAUGGGGAUGAUGAAUCCCAUGAUGGGCAUGGGAGGCAUGGGUAUGGCGAGCCCUAUGAUGGGAAUGGGAGGUUAUGGGGAUGCUAGGUGGAGGUCUUGGUUCUGGAGCAUACGGGAUGCCGAGGUAUCCCCCAGGAGGGCUUUUCGGCGACUACGGCAUGGGAAUGGGAGCGAUGCCUGGCGGAAUGAUGGGUGGAAUGGGUACGAUGAUGGGCGGUUAUGGGAUGAACAUGGGAAUGCCUUGGGGGUACUAAGGGAUGGGUUGUAAAGAAGAUAUGCCAAUGUAUUAUUACCGAAUGUAUGGACAAGUUAGCAGGUUUUUCGAGCUCGAUUCAGUGAUUUAAUAAGUGCGUACAUCGAUAGUUGAUCCUCCGAAAAAAGCGAGUUGGCAUGUAACGAACA